CCGAACGCAGUCUAAAAAUAUGCUGUGCGCUGGCUGUGUUAUAAAUAAAGAAUAUAUAGAUAGAUAGUUUUAUUCAAGUGUGCGCAAAAUUAUAUAUUAUUUUCAUUACGUGAUCCAAAUUUACUAUGUAAAUUGCAACUGUGUCUGAAAGAUGCACUGUUAAUCGUAACGAAUAAUAAAAGGGAUAAUGCUCGUUUGUGAGAGCAUCAAGUGGUGGUUUGCUCAGCUGAUUGAUUCGUAAAUAUAACCUACAACAAACACCACUUCCAGAUGCUCUUUAUAAGAUACGGAAGAAAGCGCGGUAUUUCGUUGCUGUCACAUUUUGUACCGAGAGCCCUUUAUUCACGUCGUAGCGACAGAAGUACGACUACCUCCUUGGACAAGGUCGUCAAGUCUAAUGGUGACUCUUUGGAUGAAGACAUUGACAACAGCGCCUGGGACACCAAUUCUAGUUGGAAAUUGCUAACACCAAGAGGCUUCCGAUUCUAUCUUCCUGGAAGUGUAGGACCUGCUUGGUUAGAUGCUACGACCACUGCCCAAGUUAAGACUUAUUUUGAUGAGCUAUCUGAUCAAGAACAGUUUCUAGAGUCUUUAAAUGACGAAAAUGAAUAUCAAAGAAACAAGAGAAAUUGGAAAGUUGUGCAUCCAAUGUUAGAUUAUAUGGCACAAGAAUGCCCUGUUCUUUUACGAAAAAGCAUAGAGGAAUUAUUUCCAGAAUGCCUGGAUGUGACUUCGUCGCAACUCACUAUUGUAACUAUUAGUCAAAAGGCAAAUCUUAAAUCAAUGAGAUGGUAUAAAGAAGCAGAAACAGAAAAACUUGCCAAAUAUUUCUAUCAGUUUGUUCUAGCAGCCUGGAAUGUAUGUAACAAGUUAAAAAUGGCUGGUUAUUGGGCAGACUUUAUUAACCCCUUUAGUGGACAACCCCACUUAAGUUCACGGAAGAGCACUAAACUAUAUGAAACUGAUGAACGAUUUCGUUGUAUAGGAUUUAAAGUAAAACAAAUAAACAAUUGCAAGAUUAUUUCAUUUGACAAUAGUCUGCAAAAUUUUAUUGGAAGUCUUUAUACUACAGCCCCACCUAACAUUGAGUUUUUAGAGCAAGUAAUUAACGAUGACGAGGAUCAAUAAAAAUAUUGAAAAUUCUUGCGCAGCACAUGAAUGGUUGAAAAAUAUCAUGAUGGAACUGAUUUGCUGAAUUCUGUGUUACUAUAUAUAUCUAUUACAUAUGUUCUUACAUAUGAGAUAUUUUCUUAAUCAAUACUAGUAAAGUGCGCCUUACGUCUACAUUCUCGUAAAUGAUCCACGUUUAUUUAGUAAAAAGAUUUAUGUUGUAAUUAAAGUUUUAAAUUAUA